UACUUCCUAUUUACCUUCCCACAACACCUCAAUUCACUCUUUGAUUAGCAGCAUGAUGGUGCAGUCAAGCACCCCGUUUGCAAACCCAUAUGCAAUCCAAGUCCUGAGGACUAAAAAGGAAGAGCUGGUGGAAGGCAAAAGGGACCCAGACCAGCUCCUGCAUCACAGAAAAUGGGAUUUUACUCCAGAAAAAAAGACGGUCAUGAGUUUCUACAGGACACGAACAGAAAAGAACUCUCGGAUUUUAGACAUACUCAUUUCUCAAGGUGAACGAGCCUCCAAGGUCUUUUUUUACCCAUGUUUAAAGCAAGUGGAGCCAAGACUUUAUAGCAAGAUAUGAAAAUAUGUUGGUGAAGUAAAGGAAAGCAUUAGAGAUGCCAGAAGACAAUCGGUUGGGUAUUUAUUUGAAAAAGAUUAGGUUUGACUUGAAAAUAGCAGUGAACAGCAGCAGGGGAAAAAAGACCGUCCUGGAAGAAUAAAGCAUAAAUGGGCUACUAAGAAGAACGGAAAAGAAACUCAACUUCAGGACACAAAGCCUAGAAAAGGUGCUGCUGCUGACGUCUUUGCUGCAGUUGCCAAAGGCUCUGAGUUAGAGAAAACACUCAAAGAUAAUGAUAUCACUGCACUAAACUCUACCAGUGAAACACUUGUCCAUGUUGCAGCUGCUCAUGGACAUCCACUGAUUGUGGAAUAUUUGAUCAGCAAAGGUGCAAAGACAGGUGUGAAGGACAGAAAAGGGAGAACAGCCCUGCACAGGGCUGCUGAGAGAGGCCAUGGUGAUGCAGUCGAGUGCUUCUCCGGGGUGGUGCUUCUAUGCAGUUUGGGCAUGGAGGGCAAGACAUCCCUUCAUUUGGGUGCAGAGAAUAACCACAGUCACAUACUGAAGAUGCUCCUGAAAGAAGAGGCAAGAAGGUGCAGGAACCAGCACAGCUUUUUGCACAUGGCAGCUCUUAAAGAUGAGAGCAGUCUGACCAAAAUGCUUUUACAGGCUGGUGCCCUCACCGAUGGGAAGGAUGAGAGAGGACAGACUGCUCUCAGUUACGCUGUUUCUCAGAGGUCUGAGCAUACUUGGAACUCAAAAAAAAAAGCCCCAGUCUUAAACAUACUGUAG